AUGGCUGGCCUCGCAAGGGGCUUCUGCCUCCCUGGCCUCCGGCCCCUCCUUGCACCCCGUGCCGAGUCCGUCCUCCUCCGAUCCCGUUUCUUCAGCACCUCCGUUCUCCGAUUUGCAGGACCUGUUGUGAAAGCAGCUCGAACUCCUACGGCCUCAAGGGCUGCUGCUGCCUCCGCCGCCCAAAUGGCACCUAGUAAAUACGCCUUCAUCAAGAGUCUCGCUUCAAAACCAACCCCAACCGUCCUCUACGAAGGUCCCUCACAUUUUUGGUUUUACUUUGGCUGCUGGUCGAGUGGGCUAUUCUUACUUGCUUGGACAGGGUCUACUACGAGUUUGGUAGUAAAGCAGCCUGAAGGUGUACCGCAAUGGAUCGGCAUUGUGUUUGGAACAGCAUAUCUCCUACUCGCUUCCAUGGGAACAUUUAUGAUCGCAAAAACUCCAAACAUUGUUGGACAGAUCCGUGUUCUUCCGUACCAGGCAUCCAAGAUCGCUCCCACCACACCAUUACAGUUGGAAGUCACUGUUAAGAGAAUGGUCCCAUUUCUCAAGCCUAAGGUCAUUGUCGCUCCAGUUAGCGAUAUUGCUCUCAAGACGCGCUUCUCGCUUCCAGACGAGUAUGUACCUCAACUGAGGCGCGUAGAGUUGGAGGCGAAGGCGAAGGAGCAGCAAAAGGCCUUACAUGAGUUCGACAUGCAGCACAUCUUCACAAUGCCUUUCCGAAGGAUGGGUCGAACCCUGGCAGCCAUGUUUAACGGUGUCAAAUCUGCGUGGACUGAUAUGGGCUUUGGUUUCAUCAUAGUUGACGGCAAGAACUACAAGGUGGACGUGACCAAGGGCUUUGCUCAUGACGGCUUCAGGACGUUGGAGAAGCUCGUGGAUAUCAAGUCAUGA